AUGUCUUCGAUACGGCGGAGCUGCCAAUCGGCCUUGUUCAGGACAAACAAUGUCUGUCUGUACACCAAUGGCUCAAGACGCGCAUUCUCUCGCACGUCGGUGAGCUCCAGAGGCGCUCUCCCAAACUUCCUCCCACCCUCCAAGCCCGAACUAUCAGAGCUCCUCUCCAAGUUCAACGCCAAGAUCCUUCUUCCCUCUCACUUGACGAAAGAACAACGGAAGCUUGUCUACUCGAAAGAAUCCCGCGCAAAACUCGAAGCCGAACCCGUAGAGAUCACCCUGGGAGAUGUCACUCUUCCUCUCGAACACCUCGACCGGAACAGACUGCCAAACACUUUCAAGACUUUCAGGGGGAUCGUAGCCGAGAGCGAGACUAAGGAGGACUGGGAAAAUGUAGUCAGAUGCUUGGAGGGAUUCGAAGAGGCGGGCAUCAAGGUCGAAAGCGCGUGGCAGGAGCUAGUCGUAAGAAAGUUAAAUCUAGCGGACAUGCAUCAUCUUGUCCUCAAGAUGUUGCAAAGAUCAAAGGCAACAGGCGUGAAGCUGAGCAACUUGGGUGUGCUGCAACAAGUAUUGAGGAGUGUGCACGACAAAGCUACCUUGUCUGACUGGGCAGAGGAAGAGACAGCCAAGAUGUACAAGCAAGCGAAGCAGAUUGUCGAGCUCAUGGAUAAUGAGGAGCACCACAAAGUCCAGAAUCGCAAGGAUCAGCCUACUGAAGGUGACUGGAGGGGCAGGCCUUCCGUUGUUGCACUGCCGACCGAACUGGCUGCUGUGCUCGCCGAGCGACAUGGCGGAGACAUGGAACAAGUCAAGAAGCUAUCGAACCGUUUGGUAAAUGCGCUUAAGCAAAGUGAUUACACAGCCUGGCUCGACAUGACGUCCUUGCGGUCCAGUACUAAAGCCGAUUCAUUCAAAAACGUUACCACACAGUUGGCAUUCACAAAAGACCACAGCUACAGUCUCCUUGAAGUAAUGAUUGUGUGGAAUGCACUCAAGACAUCUCGCAAAGUACUGGGUGCUGAAAUGCCCAUGGCCGAAGAGGCACAAAAGUUCGAAACUAAGGCAGAGCAAGUCCUGAUGGAGGGCAUGCAGUCGUUGGAUGAUAUGUCGAAAGACAAGAGCGGCAAGUCGCUGAAACCAGCGUUUGUGAAAUACGCCAAGGAUGUCCUUGAGAAAUGCAGAUAA